AAGGGGUUACAGGGAGGUAUGGAGGGGCCCAAAACCCUGGGCCCCUGUGGCCACUCCCACCCCCAGUGCCCCCAGCCGUCAGCUUCAAGCAGCCACGGAGGAUGCCUGGAUUCACCCUGCCAGGGCUUUGUAAGGUGGCCCUGCCUGGUGCCUCUCAGCUCCACUCACUCCAUAGAGUCUGCCAGGCCUUUCCCACCUCCGGGGGCAGGGGGUGGGGGGCCCAGGGUCGGGGGUGAGGUACCUGGGAACUUUAUGGCAAGCGAAGAGGGCGAGAUGCAGCGACAGAGACCGAGAGACCCAGCGGGGGCAAGACAAACACAAGUGGAGGCAAGGCUGGGGUGGGGAUGGCCCCUGCACUCGGGGCGAGAGCAAGGGGCACCCAGGCAGGGGGGGUCCCCCAGCUCAGGGCCCAGACCCUGCCCUUGCCCACCCCUGCCAACGGGGUCAGGAACCCCGGCCUCGCCCAGGGCAGCCCCCUCCCCUCUCCAGAGCAUGCCCCUGGAUCCUGCAGAGCAGUCCUUCCUCCAGCUGGAGCAGGAAAACCAGAAUCUGAAAAGACAGAACCAGGACCUGCGGGAGCAGCUGGGGGCCCUCCUGGGGCCAGGGCAGCAGUUCCUACCCCUGUGCACAGAGCACACGAGCUGCACAGCCCUGGCCUGGCCCCCCGAGCAGGCCAGUACCCGGCCCCUGGAGGACAGGGCACCCUUGCAGCUGCUUCGGCGCGAGCUGUGCCGGGGGGAGGAGUCCUUCGUGCAGCAGUCGCAGAAUGAGCUGCAGCAGAUCCGACUGUCCUUUGAGAGAAAGAAGAUGGCCAUUACCGAGGUGUGGGACGGCGUGGCCGAGGUGCACAUGGCUCUGAACAACCAGGCUACAGGGCUCCUGAACCUCAAGAAGGACAUCCGGGGAGUACUAGACCAGAUGGAGGACAUUCAGCUGGAGAUUCUGGGGGAGCGGGCCCAGUGCCGCACCCAGGCCAGGAAGGAGCAGCAGAUGGCAUGCGUAGCGAAGGCAAGGCCGCAGCAGCUGGGAUGUUCGGAGGGCCUCAAAGGCCAGCUCUGGCUGCUGGCCCUGAGGCUGCUGCUGGGCGCCCUACUGGCCUGCACCGCUGCCUACGUGUACGUGGUGGACCCCGCGCCUUUCGAGGGGCUGGUGCCUCCCCUGCUGAGCCGCGCCGCUGUCUGGAAGCUCCGGGCCCUGCUGGGCCCAUUCCUGCGCCUGGAGGUGGACGACUUCCUGCCCUUCUAGGCCGGAGGCCCAGCGGCCCCAGCGAGGAGGAGGCCAAGUGGCCGGCGUGGCCCCAGGUGCCCAGCGGCCGCGCUGGCCCCUGCCCACGGCACU